GAGUUGAGCUCUCCUCUGGACUAAAUCUCCCAAUCUGCUCAGUGUGUGAGGAGGACAAACUCACGACAGUGGACACACAAGCUGCACCCACCGGGACACUAAGGUUUCUUUCACUCUUCAGUGACAGAGGCAGAAUUACAAGGCAACAUUUAGAUUAAAAUAAAUCAGCUCUUGCAACUAAUAAGAUCACAGAAAGAGCCGUGAUUUCUAACUGCCCCUCGCAGAUGAGUAGAUACUUUGAGACCUUCGUGCUGUCUGAUGUGUCCUCUCCAAAAACAAAGAAGUCAGCGCAACCUCUACCUCAACUGGCAUCACACAUUUUGAAGUGAAGCCAAGCUCCUUAGUCUUACUGGCUGAACUGUGGAUGGAGAUUAUGAGGAACUCUCAGUUGCUACACCUGUUCCUUGUUCCCAUUGCCUUUUCUUUACUUUCACUCCUCCCCUGCCCUUCAGCCGCCAGCUCAGGGUCUGACUACGACUUUGGAGCCCACCCACGCUUUGUUUGCACCCCUAUUCCCGUGGAUGCAGACCCCGCCUGCUUCCCCGCAGGGGGUCCAGGCGUAGGGGCGUCAGGGCCCAGCGGGCCUGGCCAUCAAAGUGCACCUCCUGCUGGUUGGUGGGGGGCGAGCGAAGAGGCCAAAGCCACCAUCCUCCACCUGAGGGAGAGCCUCGUCCAGCAGAAAGAGACCAUCCUGGACCAGAGGGAGACCAUCAGGGAGCUGACGGCCAAGCUCACUCUGUGCGAGGGCCUCGGACGGGGCGUGACGCCUCAUGACGAGCACCACGGCACGACCUCACACUCCCACCACGCAGGGGCGGCUGGCCAUCACACAUACACUGACAACGGGCACUAUAGCAACCAGCAGGGUCACCAUGGAAACCUUAUACCAGACUCACCGCACUACCCCUCUGUGGGGGGGCAACGAUCGGAUGGAGGGCACAGCAGCAACCAUCAGAGGAAGGAUAAACAUGUGACGCCAGGGGAGAUCACAUCAUCGCCAGAGCAGAUGGCGAGGAUGCUGCAGGCGCUGAAGGAGAGACUGGACAACCUGCAGAAGAGGAACACAUCUAUCGCCUACUCCAGCUCUCUGAAGGAGCUGCUUCAGAGGAAGAUCAGCGCUCUGGAGGAGCAGCUGCACCAUCAGACCUCCGCCCUCAGCGGCCCCGACCACCACGAUGACGACAGCAGUCGCAGAGACGACAGAGACCAUCACGACGAUGACCAUCAUCAUGAUGAUCAUCAUGAAGAUGAUGAUCACCACGACGAUGGACACGACCACAAGGACGACCACAACGAUGGCCACCACAGUGACACUGAGCACCGCAGCGACCAUCACGAUGACAGCCACAAUGAUGACCAUCAUGAUGCAGAUGAGGACCAUGACGACCACCAUGACGACCACCAUGACGACCACCAUGACGACGAUGAGGAUCAUGAUGAUCACCACAGUAAUGAAGCAGACAGCCACAGUUACCUGUCACACACAGGAUACAGAGAACCAGUGCCACGGACUGGUUUCCAUUCAAAUAAACUGGAGACGAUGCUCAACCAGUUGCACCUGGCAGGUUCCAGGAAGAAAUUUAAAAGUCCUGACGCCUUCCAGAUCAGCUUCCCCAUGAGAACCAACUACAUGUACGGCCGGGUGAAGAGGACGCUGAUGCAGGAGAUCUUUGCUAUGACUUUGUGUCUUUGGAUCAAGGCGGGUGUUGGACCCGUCCUGGGGACGCCCUUUUCUUACUCUGCACCCGGACAGGCCAAUGAACUGGUGCUCAUCGAGUGGGGAAACAACCCCAUGGAGCUGCUGAUCGAUGAUAAGGCUGCGACGCUGCCCCUGUCUCUGAGCGAUGGGAAGUGGCACCACGUGUGUGUGACCUGGUCAACGAGGGACGGACAGUGGGAGGCCUACCAGGACGGAGUGCAGAGGGGGUCCGGGAUAAACCUUUCCCCCUGGCACCCUAUCAAACCCGGAGGGGUCUUCAUCCUGGGACAGGAACAGGACACUCUGGGAGGCCGUUUUGAUGCCACUCAGUCGUUUGUGGGUGAGAUGUCGGACCUGCACAUGUGGUCGCACGUCCUGACUCCCAGUGACAUCUACAGCCUGGCGUCCUGCGGCAGCCACCUUAGGGGAGACGUCAUUGCAUGGUCCGAGACGGAGGUGGAGCUUCGUGGAGGCGUCGCCAAAUACCCCUUUGACCCCUGUCACUGAAAGGCUGAAGAAGAACAUGGAGAUAUCCUGGAACGUACUGAGAACAUUUAUCAAAAGGUGCAAGAAUAAAACAAAAGUCCCUUAUUUGAUUUAUUUCUCAGGACAAUCACUCAGUGGCACAAAUUCAAUGCCUUCCUUUAAACUUAAUCAGUGACUUUUUCUUUAAAAAGAAAAAAAUAAACAAACCUAAUCUGUGUUUACAGAGACUCUGUAGGGACUUAGUGAUCUUGGGCCUUAGGUUUCGGCCUCUAAUGUGAUCAUGAGUUAGUGUUUUAUUUUUAAACAGAUAAGUGCUGUAUGUGACAUAUUGUCAUAUUGUUAAUACGACUUAAUGCUGUGAGGUCUGUGAUGAACUUAGCAGAUCUCACACAGGUUCUGUUGUGGUGAAUGUUGCUAGUUUGAACAAUACUUUUAGAAAUGUGUUGAGAAAUCAAUUUUUAAUCAGGAUGCUCCUUUUUUUAAAAGGUGUCCGGAGAAAUACAGCUAAUCUACCAAAGAAAUGUAGAAUUGAUUUGUUAUACUUUGUAAUUUCAAUAAUUUAUGUGUCAUAGAUAAAUAGGUGUUUAUUAUGGGAGAAAAGCCUGUCUGAAGACUGAAUUUAGGGUUUAACAGCCUCUGCUGGUUUUACAAUUCUUACAGGAACUCUUGGCAUGAUACUGUAAUCCAGCAGUACUGCUAUAAAUUUAUAUAAAGGUUUAAGAUACAUCUUUUUUUCUUUUUUUUUUUUUUUUAAAUAAUGGACUUUUCUAAACUCUACAAUGCAUCUGUUUGUUUAUUGAACAAGUUCCUGGCAUUUAACACUUUUUACUCUCCGAAUGAAUUAGAUUAUUGUUUUUGAAAUCAUGUAUUUUACUUGAUCAAGUCAUUGCACUGUGACUUUUUAAUUUCUUACAUGAUCUGGCCUUGACUGUAUAUUUGUUAUUUUACUGUUUAUAAAACACUGUAUUUAGGCCAGGUUAGAUUUUUGACGUUAUAUAUUCAGUUGUGUGUUUUGUUUUUUUUUUUCAUAUGUCAUGCGAAUGUAAAUAAAAGUGUAAAAGAUAAGUUUUUAAUAAGUCUCUGUUUUUGUACUGUUUGUGGAG